UCAGAGCCUUCCAGAUCGCAUCUGAAGGUUAAAAGGAGGCAUGUCUCGCUUGCUGUUAAAAAUAGUUUACACGCCUUUUUCGCGAGGAAGGCGGCUGAAUUUUGAGACAGGGUCUCCGUUUACACGGGGCCGUGUGUGUGUGUCUCCCUAAAACAAGAUCGAGCGAGAGGAACUUGAAAGGGGGUUUGUGUAAUGUACCUUUUCCAAUCGCGGGCUGUAUAUGGAGAUUCUGAAUUCUCUAAACCAGCGCUACCUGGAUUUUAUUAAAAAGCAGAGCCCUCUGGAGCAGGAAAGCUGGAUUUUAAAGGAAAGCAGAGAGCUCGGUGCCUGUGCUCCUUUUUCUUCCAGGGUGGAGGAGAGGGUGAGACCGACUUAUGGACUAAAAGGACAUUUUUAUACCAAAACAAGGCAAGACGGGCAAAAAGUACUGUUCUAGCUUGGAUCUAAUUUCGGAGUCGGGAGGAAAGCAAAGGCAAAGAGCUGAAGAAUGCCAAAGAAGAGAGUUGCAUAGAGGAGAAAGGCGGAUUCUUCGGGGCUGGAAAGGGCGCUCGCCUCGCCAGGACCCCAGCACCCCACCGCGCCAUGGGACGCUUUCACACCUUAGUUUUAAAAAACAUCUGAACGGGGGGGAGGGGGGGAGAUAAAGUCAACUCGGAGUCCGCGAGUGGAUGAUGGAUGGCAGAGAUUUUGGGCUUCCCCGAUCUUUUCCCCCUCCUCUGCUGUCCGGGCUGGCCAUGGAGAGUCACCGAGUCGGACCCGCCAGCGCAGCCGGGCGCAUCGCUCCAUCCGCCGGCCACAUGGCUGCGGGGCUCCCGGCCCCUCUGGCACCUGGAAAAUACCUCGCAGCGGGCAUCAACAUCCACUCCCACCCGGGUGAGGCCUUCCUGGGUGGGUAUAUGGCCAGCGGACUAGGGACCUCCUCCACGCCCCAUGGAAGCCCUACCCCUUUACCCUCUGACCUGUCCUUCAGGUCACCCACCCCCGCCGACCUACAGAUGGUGCAACUCUGGGCUGCUCACUCCCAUGAAGGCUUCUCCCAUCUGCCCAAUGGGCUCUACCCAUCAUACAUUCCCCUGAGCCACCUCGAGCCCCCCCGCAGCGGUAGCCCCCUCCUGGCCCAGCUGGGUCAGCAUAGCCUCUUUGAGUCACAGAAAGAUGGGUUUUACUUAUCCGGCCACGCGGGACAGUCUGCCUUGCACCCCCAAGCCCCUGUCUCGAGGACAGCGGCCAACCACGCACCAAGCGCCCUGCACCGUGAGAAGGACCUCGGGCACCUGCACAAGAGCUCCAAGGAGGGCCUGAAAGACGCCCCUGGAAAGGAGCGGGCCUGUCGGGGUGACCUCUCCCUACACUUCCCCAAGAAAGAUGGCAAGCCGAAGGAGGAGCCCCGGCCUCGCAGCGUGGUGGAUCUCACCCAGGAAGCCAAACCCGACAGCGACCGGAAAGGGACUGGCUUGGAGAAGCCAGUGAAGGCAGGGGAGCGGCUGUCCCCAUUCCUAGCCGAGCACAUGCCAAACCGGGGGGCCGGCAGCGGAGAACCAAAGUCCAAGAAUCCGCUGCAGACCUCUUCACUCAACAACUGCAAUGGCGGUGGGGACCCCAUGCUGAAAGGGCUCGGGAGCGAGCAGGACCGCUGUGCCAAGGACCCCAACCGCCAUGACGAGAACAUGAGGCCUUCUGCUCAUGCCCACUCGGACAGGCUGAAAAGGGGCGACUCCGCCAUGACCCCGGGAGGUGCUUUGCACAUCUCCUGCAGUUGCACCUCCCCGCACCCUUCCCAGCCAGGGAAAAUGAUGCCCUCCUCUGCGUUCCCUCCCCAGUCUGUCCAUUCCAGCAUGUACACCAUCUUCCCGCCGGCCAAGGAGCCCGGGAGGGAGCACAAAGUCGUCGCCCCCACCUUCGUGCCUUCGGUCGAGGCCUACGAUGAGAGGAAUGGGCCCAUCCAAAUCGCCUCCCAGGCCCGGGACAACAAAGCGAAGGACAAGGACAUGGCUAAAGUGAGUGUGUUGCAGUCGCCCACGGAGCGGGGUCACCCCGACGCCUCUCGCACGCUCUUGUCCCAAGACUUCUCUUGCCACAGCGAUGCCAAAAGGAUGGAGGCCCUGAGGGAGAAGGGGUCCGUGAUCAGGGCCAACUCCAUGGCGCUGAAGAGGCACGUGGCUUCGGAACCCUUUCUGAACCGACCCGGGCUGGGCUCUCCGGAAAGCAGGGAGUUCCUGGCCGCCAAGGGCUUGCUGAGGCCGUGCCCGGAGCCAGAACACCGCGCCUGCGAACGAGACCGCUUCCAAAGGGCCGGCUCCAAAGAGGCAGCUAAGAUAUAUGGCACUUUGGACUCCUCCAGACAACAUCUGGACCACCGGCAGCUGAAGCCGCCCGAGCAUAAGUGGAAGCCCUUUGAAAUGGGCAACUUUGCCACCACCCAGAUGGCCGUGCUGGCCGCCCAGCACCACCACGUCAGCCAGGUGGAGGAGGAAGUCAAGAAGGCGUACCUCGACCCCAGUGGCCUGCAGAGGUCUUCAGCGGUAGGGUCCCGGGCCACGUCUGACGUUCUGCACCCCACCUCCCACAGCGAAGGGUCUGCCAUGCAGAGCCUCAUAAAGUACAGCGGCAGCUUUGCCAAGGAGACGACCGCUCGGCAAAGCAACGGCAAGAAGAGCCCCUUCGGCGGGCUUGGCAACAUGAAGCUGGACUCCGCCCAGCUGGGCACCUCCAAGAUCCAGCAGCUGCUGUCCCAGCAAGCCGGGAAACAGUUGAAGAGAGACCUGGAGAGACCAGAAAGUGCCAAGUCCUUUGGCCGAGAGAGCAUUGGGUCACAGGGCGAGGUGGAAGUCAGGCACCUGCCCGUGGGCAUCGCGGUGGCGGUUGCUCGGCAAAAGGACAACAGCGGCAGCAAAGUGGGGCCCAGCCUGGCUGACCGGGAUCGCUCCCUCUCCCUGAGCAGCAUAAAAGGGCAUGGCCGCUCAGAUGAGGACUGUGGGGAUGACCGCACCCGCCAGAGGGACAGUCACUUCCUGGCAGGGCGUUUGGAGCGAGAUCAGGAGAAGCUACUCAGAGAAAGCAAGGAGCUGGCAGAUUUUGCCCGGCUGCAUCCCUCCAGCUGUGCCACAAACGGUUUGAACUCCAACCUCAUGGUGACAGGGGGGCCAACCCUGACUGGCUCAGGGCGCUGGUCUGCCGACCCGGCUUCACAUUUGGCAGCUCACCCGUGGCUACCCAGGACAGGCAGCCCUUCCAUGUGGCUAGCUGGCCAUCCCUAUGGACUAGGCCACCCAUCCUUGCAUCAAGGCAUGACUCCAGGCUUCCCCCCUAGCAUGGGGGGUGCUAUCCCUUCUGCCUACCAGUUUGCCAGAGAUCCUCAGUCCGGGCAGCUAGUUGUGAUCCCCAGUGAGCACCUGCCACACUUCGCUGAACUGAUGGACCGGACGCCCCCUCUCUGGCCUGCGAUGUACCCGCCUACAAGAAGCACCCUCCAGCAUGCUCACCAGCUCCAGCUGCUGUCUCAUCAGCAACUGCUCCGGCAGCACGAGUUGUACAUCCUGCAGCAGCAAGCUGCCCAUGCCAUGGAGCUCCAGAGGAAUGCGCAGCUGGUGGAGAGGUUAAAAGUGAAUGAGCAGCGAGCAGACAUGGAAGAGAAGGUUACUAAACGGAGCCUGGACAAUGCGAAAUCAGGCCUUUCCUCGUCCACGUCAGGGCUGCUGCACCGAAAGCCACCUGUUCUGUCUCCUAGCGCCUCCACUUCCUACAGCAAGGCCGUGAGUCCACCUCCCCUGUCUCCCAGGGCCUCGCCUGUAUCUGUGCUCAAAGCUGAGGUUAUCAAAAAGAUGGAGGAACCACCUACGCAGCCGGCCUACUCUUAUCCUGCUACCCCAAGCUCCCACCCUUCCAGUCCGCCCCCUGCCUCUCCGCCCCCUGCCCCUGCCAUCCCUCCAAAAGAAGAGGUACCUGAGAACGUGGAGAAGAAAGACUUGGAACUGGAAAAAGAGGCUCCCAGUCCUUUCCAGGCUUUGUUCCCAGAGAUUCCACCGGGAUAUCCAUUCCAGUCCCUUCCUGCCUCCUUCGGACGACAUUAUCCCUACCUCCUUCAGCCCACCGCAGCCUCUGACGCAGAUGGCCUGGCUCCUGAUGUCCCACUGCCUGCAGAAGGGUCUGAGCACAUGGAGCUUUCUCCAGAGGUCAAGCCCAUCCGCCUGUCUCCAUCCAAAAUGCUAGAGCCUAUUCAGGCUACGGCAGAAGAGGAGUCCUUGGAAGACCGGGUGAAAACGGAAGUAGAACUGGAUGAAAGCCAGGGAGCUCUCUGCGAGCAGGACAUAGAGGCUCUGAACGCGGCCGCCUCCAGUGCUGUCCCAGGACAGAAUGUGAACAGUUGCAACCUCCUGUUGCACCAGGGUGAAGCUCUGAGAGCUUUGGAGCAGGAGCAAGAGGCCCUCCAGAACUGUCAACAAGCGUACCAGGUUGCAGCCUGCCCUGCAGAAACGGAGGCUGCGGCUGAAGCUGGGAGCGGGGUGGAAACCUGUUCUGUGCAUAUGGACUACGAUGACUCAGUACCACACCCGGAUAGUGAGCAGCCUGGGCUGGACCUGGCACCCCAGAGAGAGGAGCCUUCUCUAGCCAUGGAACUGCAGAGCAGCGACUUGCCCCAGGGGGGAGAGUUUCCUAGCCUGCCUUCGGAUGAGGGGCGGCAGGGGUCGGAGAUCUCCUCGUACGCAGAUGAGGCGAUAUCCUGUCAAAUCCCAGCUCUGGACAUCAAGCCAGACGACCCACUGGCCGGCAUGAACGCCUUAGUGGCUGCCACAGAGCUGCCUCAGGCUUGUUCCUUGUUGACAACUGGCAAUGGCAUAACGCAAGCCCAGGUAAACCUGGAGGUGUCGCCCGGCCUGUCCCUGGAGCACUCCUUUCUGCAGGGGAUCACUCUGCUGAGUGAAAUAGCAGAGCUGGAACUGGAGAAGAGGAAGCAGGACAUUCAAACAGGUCCAGAGAGCUGCCUGGUCCGACCGACGCUGGAGAGCUUGCUAGCUGCCAGCACCCAUGUGCUAAUGGAGGUUCUGUCAGCCCCCUUUAUGGAGAGUCUGAAAACCAUCCGGCUGCCUCGAGAAUUGAAUCCCAACAAAAAGUACAGCUGGAUGCAAAAAAAAGAUGAACCAAUGUAUUCCAUCAAGUCUGCCAUUGAGAACAUGGAUGCUAUGGAGCUGGACUACAGGAUGAGGCUGGCAGAGCUGCAGCGGCGCUACAAGGAGAAGCAGAGGGAGCUGGUAAAGCUGCAGCGGCGCAGAGACUCCGAGGAAAAGCAUGACGAGAAAAGUAGAAGCUUGACAAGAAGAGGCCCUGGAAGGCCCAGGAAGAGGAAGCAUGGAUCAAGCACUCUGUUACCCCCUAAGGAGAGAGGGAAGAGUGACAGCAAGAGCGGAAAACUGAGCAAGUCCUUGCUGCUGUCCGAGGACUCUGAGACUGGCGAGGGGAUGAAGAAGAGGCACAAAGGGGCUCUCCCUGAAGAGGACGAGGAUGCAGACAGCAGUGGUGGGAAAAUGAAAGGGAGGAACCAGAGCUGGGAUGAACAUGAUGCAGCAGCAGCGAGCUUUUCAAAUGAGCUGAAGAUCAAGAAGAAGAAGGUGGCGUCAGAUCAGGAGCAGCUGGCAAGCAAGCUUGACAAGGCCCUGUCUCUCACCAAACAGGACAAGCUCAAAUCCCCCUUCAAGUUUGCAGACUGUUCUGGAGGGAAACAGAAAACUAGUGGAGGCGGCAGCAGAUAUAUGUCUCCCCACGAGCACCUGCCAGGCAAGGAUGAGAAGAGAAACCUGGCCAAGAGCCUGAGCCUGGCGCUGAAAAGUGUCAAGGAAGGUAAAAACAAAAUGGCCACCAAAAUGAAGAAAAUGGAGGUGGGGUUAAAGGUCAAAGGUCAGCUGAAGGUUUCCCAUUCACCAGCAAUAUCGGAAGUUAGCAGCUACUCCUAUAAUACGGACUCAGAAGAUGAUGAUGAAUCCCUGAAGGACGAGUGGCCUUUGCAGUCUCCAUCUGGCUCCAAAGCGAGGCCACCUAGUCUCUACAGCAUAGGGGCCAAAAAGAGCAGCAAGCAAGGUGGAGGUCUCAAGCCAGCCAAGAGGGGCAUGCCUACCACUAGAACUCUGAAAUCUAAACAGGCCGCAAGCAGCAAGCAGCAGUUUUGCUUGCUGCUUCGGGAGACUGGAUCUUCAUUCAGUGACUCUUCGGAGGACUCAUUCGAUCAAGAUUCUAGCUCCGAGGAAGAAGAGGAGGAAGCAGAGGACUAUGGGAUGGACAGCAACGACAGCCUUUCGUCCCCGGCUCUGGAUGAGAGCGGUUUGGGACUGCUAGCGAGGUUUGCUGCUAGUGCUAUGCCGAGCCCCAUUGUCCCCCCUCCUCUUUCCAUCAUCCAGCUGGAGGCCAAGCAAAAAGCUAAGAAGAAAGAAGAGCGGCAGAGUCUGAUGGGAACGGAGUUUGAAUACACUGACUCGGAGAGUGAGAUAAAGAUCCGGAAGAAAUCUCCCUCUGGGCUGCUGCGUGGGAAAAAGGGGCUGAUGGAACAAGGCAGCGCCACCCCUGUCCAGGCACCCAGCAGCAUGGACCUCAGCCCCGGGAGCGCUGACAAAGCCAAAAUGGGGGCAGAGAAAGGCCGGAAGCUGAAAAAAUUCAAGUCUACCAAGGAACUGAGCUUCGAGUUCGGGCUGGAGGCGAGUGACGACGACCUGUGGAAUCGGCGCCGGAGCGAGCGCAUCUUCCUCCACGACGCCAGCACUUCCUCAUCUGGGCCGACGCCCAGCACGCCAGCGAGCUCCACCCCUGUUUCCAAGCCCAGCCGCUGCGGGAAGGGGGCGCCGCCGAGUCCCAAAAAGGAGGGGAGCAAAGGGAAGGAAAGGAAAGAGCUGAGCAAGCAGAGGAAGAAGGGUAAAGAGGCCCCUUGCUGCUCCUCCUCCUCUUCCAUGUCUCCCCCUGGCAUCUCCAGCUCCCCCUCCGAUGCCCGGGUCAGCCUGGCCAACUCCCUGAGCUCCAACAAGAAGAGUAAAGCCAAGGUGAAAGCAAAGGAGGUGAAGAAAGAGAACCGAGGGAAGGGCGGCGCAGUCAGCAAGCUGAUGGAAAGCAUGGCAGCCGAAGAGGACUUUGAGCCCAAUCAAGACAGUAGCUUCUCAGAGGACGAGAAUCUCCCCCUGAGCAUGCUUGUAGAGCGGGCGCCUACCCCAGCCCCCCGCUCCUGUAUCAUUGACAAAGAUGAACUGAAGGACGGGCUGCGUGUCCUCAUUCCCAUGGAUGACAAGCUGCUCUAUGCUGGACACGUGAAGACCGUGCACUCUCCUGACAUAUACCGAGUCGUGGUGGAAGGGGAGAGGGGAAAUCGUCCCCAUAUCUACUGUCUGGAGCAGCUUCUGCAGGAAGCUAUUAUUGAUGUGAAGCCGCCCUCAGUGAGGUUCCUGCCUGAAGGAACAAGAAUUGCCGCCUACUGGAGCCAGCAGUAUCGCUGCCUCUACCCAGGGACCGUGGUGAGAGGGGCCCUUGAUCUGGAGGAGGAUGGGGAUCUGAUAACGGUGGAAUUUGAUGAUGGGGACACUGGCCGGAUCCCCCUGUCUCAUAUUCGGCUUCUACCACCUGACUACAAGAUCCAGUGUGCGGAGCCCUCCCCUGCCCUCUUGGUGCCCAGUACCAAGCGCCGCAGCCGGAAGUCCAGCAAGGAUGCUGGGGAAGGAAAAGAGGGCAGUGCACUAGGGUCAGAGGAGCCAGUGGCCAAGGGCAAAGGUCGUGGGAGAAAGCCAAGCAUCAAGCUGAAAGCUGAAGAAGCAGUCUUGCCGGAAGAGACAGACCAGGGAGAUUCUUCAGCAAACAUUCCUUCUGCUCCAGAGAAGACAAUCUGCCUUAGCAAGCAAAGCGUGAAGGGGUCAAGGAAAAGCCAGCAGAAUUCAGUAGGAGGAUCUCCCCCACCUGCAGAGGAAAAACGGAAUAAAGCCAGCAAAAUGAAGAUCUCUGCUAAACUCCAUAGCCCACCUCCGCCUUCUUUUCAGCCUCCUGCAUUCAGCAAUGUUCUUGGAACGGAACCCUACAGUGAGCUCCCGGGGGCGCUGGGAUCCUUCAGCUCCAAUGACAACCCCUCCGGGAAAACCAAAGCCAAGAAGGGAAGGCCUGCCGAGGAGUCGCAGGAGUUUGGUUCAGCAGCCAAGGCUCAGAGAAAGCAACUGGACAAUGAAAUCCUCAUCAAGCUGGACCAUGAAGGGGUGAUGUCUCCAAAGACCAAGAAAACAAAGGAGGCCAUGAGGAUGCUGGAGGGGUCAAACCUGACCAGCAGGAGGGAUGGCAAGAGUGUCCUGGGGAUGGGCUACCCUGCUGCAUUGGGCAGUGAAGCCAAGCAGAAAUCGUCAAGGGCUAAAGCAGCAGAGGGGGAAUCUUCGGCUUCUAAUUUUGGAGGCAAGGAUCAAGAAGUCAAAACCACCCCAGCGACGGCCGCGGAGGAGACUGAAAGCAACAGCAGCGGCAGCAGCUCGGAGUCCGAGGGCGAAGAAGAAGCCGAGAAGAACGGAGGUGAAGCUCAGGACAGCAGCUCAAGCAGCUCCAGAGCUUCGACCCCUCUGUCUUCAUCUAAUUCCUCCUCCUCCUCCUCUUCCAGCAGUAGCAGCUCUUCUUCAUCCUCUUCCUCAUCCUCUUCAUCAGCAUCAUCCACCUCAUCUUCAUCAAGCUCCAGUUCCUCCUCCUCUUCCACCACAGAUGAAGACUCCUCCUGUAGCUCAGAUGAGGAGGCGGCUGACGCCCAGCCGAGCUCCUCAGUCCAGCAGGCUCUCACUCCAAAGCAGACCAAGCAGGCAGGAAAAUCCCGCGUGUCUUCUCACCCUCAAGGCCAGAAGCCACCGCAGCAGCAACAGCAGCCACAGCAGAAGCAACCUCCAAGCAGCAACAAGAGCAGGCCCAAAAAGCGGGAGGGGAUCCAUCUGCCCACGACCAAGGAGCUUGCCAAACGGCAGAGGCUGCCUUCAGUAGAAAACAGACCCAAGAUCGCUGCCUUCCUCCCUGCACGGCAGCUUUGGAAGUGGUUUGGCAAACCCACCCAGAGACGAGGAAUGAAAGGGAAGGCCAGGAAGCUGUUCUACAAGGCCAUUGUCCGUGGCAAGGAGAUCAUCCGGAUUGGAGACUGCGCGGUCUUCUUGUCAGCUGGCCGGCCCAACCUACCCUACAUCGGCCGGAUCCAGAGCAUGUGGGAGUCCUGGGGGAACAACAUGGUGGUCAGGGUCAAGUGGUUUUACCACCCAGAAGAAACCAACCCUGGAAAAAAGCUCAACGAAGGCAAGCGUUGGGAUCAGAAAUCUGGGAGGAGCCUAUCUACCACUCUGCAGGCAUCCAACCAGAGGAAGGACUUCAUGGAGCGAGCACUGUACCAGUCCUCCCACGUGGAUGAAAAUGAUGUCCAGACCAUUUCUCAUAAGUGUCUGGUGGUUGGUCUGGACCAGUACGAGCAGAUGCUAAAGACUAAGAAAUACCAGGACAGUGAGGAUCUGUACUACCUAGCAGGGACGUACGAGCCCACGACAGGCAUGAUUUUCAAUACAGAUGGCGUCCCAGUCAUCUGCUGACUGUCUAGGAAGAGGGAAUUCAGGGACAUGUGCCAUCCGCCUGGAGAGUUCCGAUUUCCCUUCGGAAGAGGAGCGUGGCGAAUCUGAGGACUUGCUGUUCAGACAUCAUCACAUGGUUUAUUUCUUUCCUGCUCAUGACUUCUGUGUCGCACUAUGGACAGGUCUUCAAAAGGAGAAGAGAGAAAGUUGGGGUGGGGAGGAAGCAACCAUAGGACUUUCUGAAGAUGCCUUUGGGAUAGCAUUGGAGAUUGGAGCCCAUCGUUUUCUGGAUGAACGGGGUGGUUUUAAUUAAGACAAAAUUAACCAGCUUCUUCCUUCCCCCUUCUGCUCUUGGAGUGUCAAUGAUUCUCAGAUCCCUGCACCAGCAGAAUAACAUCAAAACAGAGGAGGCUUCUUUUGUGUUGCUUGACCCCCUGAAAAAUUCAGAGGAUGACCUUGUCUGGAAGAACACCUACUAGCCUUCAGGGUAUCUGUGCCUCCUUCCUUAUAGCUCCUUCCUUGUUAACUGCACAUGACUUUCUGGGAAGUAUGAGGUGGAAGAGAAAGGAGCAGUGUCUCUCCAAGCGCCUCAGCUCAAACAGCAGGCGCACCUUUAAUCAGCUUCCCUUCCUCUCUAAGUCUGCUGUCUGGGACCUAAUGGAGAGCUAAUGCGAGUGGACAGCCAAGGAGGAAUGGAGUCACUUGGACACAGAGCCGUUGACUAAUGUCCCUUCUGGGUUACGAGGAGUUGGGUAGAAGGAGAGAACAGAAUCUCUCAUUGAACAAAUUGGUUAACUCAGUAGAUUCAUCCAAAAAAAAGCCUGCGAUGGGGGGUAGGGAGGAAGGGAAAGGGGAGGGCUGUAAUCCAUGAGGGAGGGUACACGGUGGAGUGUAAUGAACAAAAAAUCUCCCUUCAGGAGGUGAAAUGAAUGGGGAAGUUGCUGCAACCUGCUCACAAACAAGGAAGCCCCUUCUUGCAGCUCGAAGGAGGCCAUCGCCCAUCACUGCUUUUUCACACAGGUGCAGCCCCUCAGCUUUCACGUGGAGCUGAGGGGUUGCGCUCUCCCUGGGUGUGAGGCUCCUGCAAUUCAAGCAGAAGGACACACAGCUCCCUGCUCAAAAGGGAUGAGAUGAGAACUGCCCCCAGGAGUGUCCGUGCAGGAGACGCAUGCUGCAUAUCCACAGUGGGAGCCAGAACCAAGCUGUCAUCGGGAGCGGCCAUUCAGCGUAAUGGGUCCAUGUGGACAGUCACCCCCGGGGCUCAUUGAGAGGAGUCAGUCUCCCUCCUCCAAGCAGCCAGCCCACCCAUCUCGUUGAUCUCUCACAGGCCUGAGCCUUCAGCUUUGGCCACUUGCCUUCAAGCAGCUGCUUCAGGGAGCCAGGUUUGCAACCCGGAACACCAAUACACAGCCCCAGCUCUCCGGGCAGCAUGCAGGGAGCAUGGGGAGUGGAGCAGAACAAGACCAUGGCGCAAUGUCCUUGCACUUAACUGAAAUCUCACGAGAUGCACUGAUCUUUGCAGCUAACCGAUUCGCACUACAUAUUUCUAGGGCACCGAGAUUGUUCCAGCGUGGAUGGAAGCAGAGUGACCCACCCAGAGGUCCAGGGGAGAGAUACUUACAAGGACAGAUUUUUAGCUAUCUGCCAUGGUACUACCUGAGUACUAGAGACUUGCAGCCUCGAUGGGAAGAGCAGAGUGGCACCUACUAAAAGAUGAUCCCUCAUACUUUAAAAGAACCACAAUGGUGCUGAACUCCGCCACCUCUGCUCCAGCCCGCGGCUCACCAAGACUUGGUGGAUAUUAAUGUUUCUAAACUGUACAGUUUUAAUGUACCAAAAGACUCUUUAAACCCUUCUGUAUUAUAAGUCUUUAAAUGGAUUCAACUUUUUAAUUAUAAAUAUAAAUAUAUAUAUAUAAAAAUAUAAACUUUUUAAAACUGUGAAAAAAUUAUGAAAUUAUAAAGAACACAGUCUGACGUUUAGAAUAUUAUUUUUUAUUUCCAGUUGGAUUGUGAAUGUAAAUGAUCUGGGAACAGGCACACACAAACAGCCACACACAAAGUGUACUGUACUUGUAGAAGCAAAUUGUGUGAGCAAAUUUUAAAGAGAGAGAGAGAGAGAGAUUUUAUGCUAAUGUUAAAUAGAAAGCACUUACUGCCCAAUGCCUUCUAUGGAACACAAGGAUUUUUCAGACAAUCGAGAGGAAAGGAGAGCCAGGUUUUUGUCUUUUGUUUUCUGUUUUUGUUUUUAAUUUUUUUUUUUUGGCAUUAUGUUUGUUGGAGAAUUCCGUGUGACCGUUUUUCAUAAAAAAGAAAAAAGUCUAUUGGAAAAAACAAAGCAUCUUUCUUUGUCCUGUU